AUGAACUCCAGUCGGCGCCAGAAGCAGCGCAAGGUGCUGCUCAUGGGCAAAAGCGGCGCCGGGAAGUCGUCAAUGCGGUCCAUCGUCUUCAGCAAUUACGUCGCGAAGGAUGUUAGGCGGCUGGGCGCGACGAUUGAUGUCGAGCACAGUAACAUCAAGUUCAUGGGGAAUCUGAUGCUUAAUUUGUGGGAUUGUGGCGGCCAAGACGGCUUCGUCGAAAACUACCUCACGCACCAACGCGCCCACGUCUUCGGCAGCGUUGCCGUCCUGAUCUUCGUCUUCGACAUCGAAUCCCGCGAGUUCGCCGCCGACGUCGUCUCCUACAGCAACAUCAUCCGCGCGCUCUCAGAAUGCAGCCCCAGCGCCAAAGUCUUCUGCCUCAUCCACAAAAUGGACCUCGUGCAAGCCCGCCUCCGUUCCCAGCUCUUCGAAGAACGCUCCGAAUACAUCCGCGCCGCGAGCGAGACGUUUAAAGAUACCGUUGAUUUCUUCCCGACGAGCAUCUGGGAUCAGAGCCUGUAUAAGGCGUGGACGCAGAUUAUAUACUUCCUGAUCCCGAACGCGGCGACGAUCGAGGGCUUGCUGAGACAGUUAGCGGAGGUAAUCGACGCCAGAGAGCUGAUCUUAUACGAGCGGACGACGUGUCUCAUGGUUACGCACGUCACACGGGACGAAGAAUCGCAGAACCCGUUCACGGACCGAUUCGAGCGGAUCUCCAGCAUCCUGAAGACGCAUAAGCAGUCUAUGGCCAAACACACCAACAUCCCCCCCGGUAGCGCCAACUUCGCCGAAAUGCAAAUCAAAACUGGCCGCUUCAUGUUCUUCAUCACGCGGCUGACGGAGAACACGAACCUCGCUGCCGCCAUCCCGCCCUCGGAGCAGGUCUUCAACGCCGCGCGCAUCAACAUCAUGCUCGCGCGGUCCAAGUUCGCCGAGCUGGAUAUCGCGAACAAGCCGCGCCCGGGGCUGCAGCAGGCGUUUGCGAGCGUGUCGAUGGGGAAUAGUGGGGAGGGUGACGGGGACGGCAGAGGGGAAGAUUUUGGGGUCUGA